AGUUGAUAGAUUAUUCCAAAUCAUUGGUUCAGAGAUCGAUAUCAAUUAGACUUCCAUCACAGACAAUUGAUCCAGCUCGCUCUUGAUAACAAAAAUGGCAUCAAACAACGACAAUACCCCAGCCCCAAUCCCAGCAGCAACAAAGUUGAGACAACGCCUCAACGAGACGGACGACUUAAUCCUCCUACCAGGCGUAUACGAUGGCUUCAGCGCCAGAAUCGCACUCGAAGUCGGCUUCGACGGUCUCUACAUGACCGGCGCAGGAACAUCAGCCUCAAAACUAGGCCUCCCAGACCUAGGCUACGCCACUCUAGACGACAUGCGCUCCCACGCCGAAAUGCUCGCCAAUCUAGACCCUUCCAUCCCCCUAGUAGCCGACGCAGACACAGGCUACGGUGGGCCCAACAUGGUCGCCCGCACCGUAACCCAAUACGCCCGAAGCGGCGUCGCGGGUCUCCACAUCGAAGACCAGGUCCAGACGAAACGCUGCGGCCAUCUAACAGGCAAACAAGUCGUCGACACAGACGUCUUCAUCUCCCGCAUCAAAGCCGCCGCCCUCGCGCGCCGCAAAAUCGGCUCCGACAUUGUCGUCAUCGCCCGCACCGACGCGAUCCAGACGCACGGCUUCGACGAGGCUCUGCGCCGGCUUCGGGCGGCUGUGGAGGCGGGCGCGGAUGUCGCGUUCCUUGAGGGCGUGACGUCGGCGGAGCAGGCGAGGACGGUGUGUAAGGCUCUUGCGCCGACGCCGGUGCUGCUGAACAUGGUCGAGCACGGCGCGACGCCCUCGUGGACGGCUGCUGAGGCCAAGGAGCUUGGGUACCGCAUAAUGAUUGUGCCGUUUGCGGCCAUUGCGCCGGCGUACGAGGCGAUUCGCGAUUCGUUGGCGAGGUUGAAGGAGACGGGCGUGGUCGGGACGAAGUCUGAUUUCUCGCCGAGGAAGCUGUUUAGCAUUGUUGGGCUGCAGGAAGCGAUGGAGUUUGAUAAGGCUGCCGGUGGGAGCUCGUACAGACAGGUGUGAUGGCCGAAAGACUGAUAACCACCGAGGACUAGAUCCAAUGGAGAGAAUUAGACGACGGUCUCUGUGAUCCCAUGUUUGCUCCUGUGGAAUAUACACCCGACCCACUCAGGCUGACUGCCUGCCUCUUGAAUACUUUCCUGCUGAGCACUUGCCUGAUGAGUGCUUGCCUUACCUUAUAUUCAAAUUGAGGUCCCUUUUUUUCAACCAAGCCCAACUGAUCCCCGUGGUCAGAUGGUAUAACGUCCAGCUACGUUAGUAUACAAUAUG